CCGAAUGCGAGUUGAGAGCGCUCGCUAUCCGUUUCUGUUUUUUGAAGAUUUAGACGACUCCGAGAAUUUCUACUAUGCAGUCAGUCGGUAUCUGCUACUUCCAGACGAUUCGCCGCUUCUGGAUGUGAGAGGUAGCUUCAACAAGAAACUGCGGAAAAUGUUGAGGCUGGAGCAAGUUUCUAUCGAGUACGUUAGGGAGCUGCUGUUGCUAUUUCGUCGCACGAUUCAAAGAACCACAAACCGAAGCGAAAGCACAUUAUGUUCGGGGUUAACUAUGUGCGUAGCAGUAAGGAAGCCUCUUCGAAUUAGACUGAGGGGUAGUCUUAUCGGCUUCGAUUUACAAACAGCCCUAGCUGAAGUGCCUCAUUAGUACGUAGAGAACCGCUUUCACAAGUCGCCACUGUUCUGCACGCUACACAGGAUAGAAAAAAGUGGCUGCGCAUUGGCUGGCGGACAAUGACUCCAUCGAUCGAUCCUGGGGAGAACAAAGUGGAAAGACUACUAACUCUCCCCUGAGUCAAACAGCGUAGAAAGAUAAGUAGGCACCAAGGUAACAAACUACCUUCCUACGCAACGUACGUACGAGGUGGGUGCGCCAGCCAGCAUUCAUUUCUUUGCUGGCUUAGUUACUGUUGGCAACACACAGACUGACUCAAGGACUGCCAGAUUGAUCGUGAGGCUGGCGGUGGCUAUGUAUGUAUGUGUCCCCGUUUGCGUUUUUGCAAAUAGGCCCAUACAUAGACUGACUCGUGGAGUGCUGAACAGAAGCCAAGGGCUACGCACCCACACACAUUCUAGCUACGAACUAACAGCGUUUCAGUCGGAAACGAGCGCAUGGCUCAUAGAUAGGCGCGAAUGUAGGAAAGUUAGCAGAGGACGUUCGUAUGAUGCAUAGAUUGGCAACCAAAUAUACUAUGCGUAACUAAUCAGCCAAUUGAUUGCUUUGCGUCUUUCCGGUGAUCCCUACGUACUCACGCAAGCAUCAGUAAAUAAUGUUCGUUGUACUAACAAAACUUUGGUCCCAUUCAUUGAUUGACCGAGCGACUCUCUCAAAAGGGGCUGAUCAGUUCUUCAAGAUCGAGAUUGGCCUACUUCUAACAGACCACACGAUCACAUCCCGGGCGGCUCAUAAAAGAGGCAAUCCAGCGCUGCCGGAAAAUAUUGACGUCGACUAUGGUGCAGAAAUCUUGACGCGGAGAGUUCGGCAAAAGAAAAAAGCUCCAAGGUGCAAGCGUCUAAAGUCAGCUAAUUACAUCUCGGAGCGAAAUACCUUCGUCCGGUCUUACCUUUCUAUGGUUGGCAGCACUGGGAAUGAAGAACUGUCUCAAAUCGAGUUUGCCAAAGCGCAGAAGCUUUUCAAGGAUCAAGAGGAGAAGAUGAAGAGAGGAGGCGAGAACGAAUGGGUAGGGGAACUUAUUAGAGAUGAACUGCAGAAGAGGCGGGCGGAGACCAGUGCUAUGGUUGCCGAUCAAGCAGCGGCUUAUGCAGCAGCAGUACGAGCUUGGAACGCUGACGAAGACGUCCAGGACCGAAAGCAGCUGCGACGUCGAAUGCAG